AUGACAACACACACCGGCAACAAGCUUAAUCCCAUCUUUCAGUUGAUUGACGGCAUCAAGAUGCCACUCGGCUUUGACGAUGUCGCGUCUCAGAAGGACGGUUAUGGCCUGGCGACCACCUUCUUCGAGAUGGUCGGCAAGGACACCAUCGCAGCCCUACCCGAGCCGAGGGUUGUGACCACGUACCUAGAAUACCAGCUCGUACCGAAGAACCCAGGUGCAAAGUACAUCUACGUUGUGAGGAACCCCAAGGACUGCUGCGUGUCCUUCUUCCACCACACGAAGAAGACCAAGGCGUACAACUUCGAGCAAGGCACCUUCGAGGACUACCUGCAGCUGUUCAUCAAGGGGGAGACGAGCUUCGGAGACUACUUCCAGCACCUGGUAUCGUGGUAUCCGCACGUCACCGAACCCAACGUGCUCUUCGUCACCUACGAGGACAUGAAGAAGGACCCGGCGGCCGCGGUGCUCAGGAUAGCCAAGUUCCUGGACGUCCGCGACGCUGAGAUUCUCGACGCGGACUCAAACCGGGUAGCAAACCGGGUGCAGCUGGUUUAA